AUGACAACAUACGAAAUAAUUGAACAACUAUUACAAGAAUUAGAAGAGUACGAAGAGGUGAAUAAUGAAUUGAAGAGGUUCGACGAAGAGAGGUUAGACGAAGAUGAGGAGGAAAGGAAAAUUUUGGAAGGGGUUUUAGGAGAUAUGGAAGAGGAGAGAGACGAAUUGGAGAAAGAAAAGGAAGAGUUGAAGAAAGACGUGAAUGAUAGUUGGGAGCAGGUCAAGAAAUUUCGGGAUGCAUUAUUAGUUGAUUUCGGUGAAGGAAAAGCUGAUACUAGAAGAUUUAAGGAUUACCAAGAUGAAAAGGAUUCCUUCAUCCUAAACUACCGUCCAUCUUAUGCAGCUGGUCUGCCUGUAACACUCUGCAGUGACAUCCUAGCAAAGUUUCAGGAUGAUGUCAAGGGAAACAUUGAGUUGAACAAAGAUGAUAUUAUAUUUGUUCGAGUGUUUGACAUCUAUGAUUUUGGAAAUAAUCGAGCAACAGAUUGUAGCAUUAUGUUUACCAAAGGAAUCUUUCAAGUGUCUCUGUUGAGCUUAGCGCCCGCAAUUUCUCAAUCUCGAUUUCCAGUAUUUUUAGUGUACUUGGCAGGAUCAUAUAUGGGUGUAGCUGGAGUUGUGUUUCUGGAAAAUCCUGUAUGUGAACCUCUCACACCUGUUAUGCUCCUCUUCUAUCUCCUUCAUCAUGAAGACAUACUAUUAAAGACUGCUUAUGUGGUCAAGGCUUUGAAGAUAGCUCUUACCAAUUUGGAAAAAUUUUAUGAUCAGUUGAGUCAACAUAAUCAAAUAAUUACAGAAAAUCGUUAUGUUUUUCAAGCAAUAAUGGAAUACAAUGGUGGAUUAUCAUCUCAACAUGUAAUUAUCAAGUUUGCCAAGAGAUAUUCAGAAGCAUGUCAUAAAAAAUGUCAAGCAUUAGGAAUUGCACCAAAAUUGUUUUUCUGUGAACAGAUUGCUGGUGGAUGGUAUAUUGUAAUUAUGGAACAACUAAUGGAACACGAUUUAUUAUUUUAUUUUGAUCAGGACAAAAUUCGCUUGAUGUCAAUAUUGAAUAAAGUGAUAGAUCCUGAUGAUUCAAUAAAGAUCAUAGAUUUUGAUUGGAGUGGCAAGGUAGAAGAAGUUGUUUAUCCACCCCUCCUGAAUCAAGAGAUUGAUGUAUGGCAUCCUGAUAUCAAGGCUGGAGAGAAAAUCCUACCAGAACAUGAUUUGUACAUAUUAGAUACAGAAUUAAAAAAGUGCGAGUUGUAA